GUUCACUGUGCAUCAGGAGCCGCGAGCUCCCGGGACUGCAACGGCCCGAGAACGCAGCAGGGUCGCUGAGCCGCAGGAGUCCAAUCGCUGAAUGAGAUACCCACGGACCACCAGCUGGACUCAAAUCCCGAGUCCCUGCCAGCAUCCCGGAGUCACGCGACAGACUUGGGAGCGGACGGGAUAUCGGAACUCCGGUCCCAGGUGCACUGGGGCGGUGUCGCUGUUCCUGGUGCUGAAACGCCGCGGGCACGGAAGAGUGCGGCAGCCGGCCCUCCCGGUACGGCGCUGCGGCCACUGCGGGAACUGUCCAGUGCUGAACACGGAUGCGGCCCGGACCGCGGGGCUUAGCCCGGAGCCUGCCACAGCCAGCGGAGCCGGGACCCUGCUCCCGCGAGCGCUGACGCAGAGCGCUGGGACAGCGGAGCAGCGAGCUCCAAGCUGGGCAUGGACCUGCAGAGACCCGACUCCUACCAGGGGGGAGCUGGCCCUGUCUUCAGCGAGCAUGUCCUCCACAAGACCAUCCUGGUGGGCGACAGUGGUGUGGGGAAGACAUCUCUGCUGGUCCAGUUUGACCAGGGCAAGUUCAUCCCAGGCUCCUUCUCAGCCACCGUGGGCAUCGGAUUCACAAACAAAGUGGUAACUGUGGACGGCAUGAGGGUGAAACUACAGAUCUGGGACACUGCAGGGCAGGAACGAUUCCGCAGCGUCACCCAUGCUUACUAUAGAGAUGCCCAGGCCUUGCUCCUGCUCUACGACAUCACCAACAAAUCUUCCUUUGACAACAUCAGGGCCUGGCUCACUGAGAUCCAUGAGUGUGCCCAGAGGGACGUGGUGAUCAUGCUGCUAGGCAACAAGGCGGAUGUGAGCAGUGAAAGGGUGAUCCCUUCGGAGGAAGGAGAAACACUGGCCAGGGAGUAUGGAGUUCCCUUCUUGGAGACCAGCGCUAAGACGGGCAUGAAUGUGGAAUUAGCCUUUCUGGCCAUUGCCAAGGAGCUGAAAUACCGGGCAGGGCAGCAGGCUGAUGAGCCCAGCUUCCAGCUCCGAGACUAUGUGGAGUCCCAGAAGAAGCGUACCAGCUGCUGCUCCUUUGUGUGAAGCCAAAGGAGCAGAGAAGAUGUUCCAGAGGCCCAUGGGGAUGCAGCUGUCUCCCCCAGAUCUGGUUUACUCUGAGCAGCAGAGCCAAUGGGGAGAAAGUUGGGGAAACCAGUACACAGCCCCCUCCCAUAAGGGAGCUUACUCCCCCUCCCAUCCUAGUUCCUGUAGCU